ACGACGCGGGGCACUCCUGCGGCUGGAGUCAGAGAUACCUUGGUGCCCGCGGCACCGCCCGCUGCCGUUGCGUCCGCGUCAACUGUUUGGUUUGUCCGUGCAGCCGCCCGGUAGUGGCGCGGGGGGUAGAGCCGGCUGCAGGACGCGUGGAGUACCGCCGCGACGCUCGGCCCACGGCGCCGGGCCGACGCCAGCCGCGGGGACGCUCUGUCGGCGGCGAGUGGAACUGGAGCAGGGCGGGGUGGGGCGCGCGUUGCAGCACUUGUCGAGGGUAUUGCCGCAGCAAUCUGUCAAACGCCGGCUAAUGCUAAUCGGCGGCGAUGCGGGUGGAGCGUGGCGUGGCGCGGCGCGGCGUCGGCGUCCCUGUGCGAAUGAGAUGCCUUGCACCACGUCGAACAAUGAGGUGGCCCGGGCGGGAUCAAGGAGACACGCGGUGACUUUCCCUCGUCAAGUCGUUGAGUCACGACAGCGACGACGGGGCGUCUUUUGACGUGACGCGCACGCCAGGGAAACGCAACAAGCUUUUCUUGCUUGGCGCGGCGUGAGAAAGAAAGGGAAAAUUGUUGCAGUGCCUAGUUCCUUUCCAGUGUGCGUGGCGAUAAUCUAAUUGUUAUCUUGCAGUGUAGCGUUUAGAAGUCGUUCCCCGGACCAGUCGACUGAUUUGAGGCGCCACUGACGGCCCUUGCCCGGUGUCUUCGAGCCCGACGGGCCGCCGCUGUCAUCCUCUCCAUAGAACUCUCUGGAGGUGUCGGCGGUGCGCGGCCAGCUGUACGGGAGCCCCGAGGCGGCUAUGGUGGCUAUGGACAUGUCGAAAGGCACCGCGGACGCCCGUCAGCGAUACGGACUGGAACACGCCGGCCGAACGGGCGCACGACGACGAUGGCUUCUGCUGGCAGAACGCGCCCGCGCGGCGCGCAGCCCCCAGGCUACCCGCGCACGAUGGGUUGCAUACGAUCCAGGCGGCUCCGCUCCAACAGCGGGACUUGCACGAUCCUGGACGCCGAAUACUAUAAUACACCUCUCCAUUACAGGCCAUGUGGUCUGCGUCCCUGGACUGAAGAGCGAGGCCUUUACUCUUCUGCAUGUGCAUGCCGGUGACGGGGGUGCCCUACAUGCUCUCCGUGCAAACUCUUAACACUAACACGGUGCCGUUGCUGUUGACAGGUGAUGGGCCCAGGGCGUCGAGUGGGUCGGAGGUGACCGGCUGCAGCUCUCUGCUAACGGGGCUGUGCCGCACGGAGGACUUGAAGAGCGAGGGCGAGGACCCAGAGGAGAGGGGAGAGCCUCUGGGGCUGGUUGUCAGCGGCUGCUACUCUCUCCGCGAUCACGGCCCGCGUGAGGUCCAUGACGACAGCGAGGACCUUGACGAAGAGGAUGUCCUUCGUGGCCGUGCGUCGAGACAGCCGCGCCCGGCGGUAGGCGAGGACGCCCCAGAGGACAGUAGAGGCCGUGACGAAGCAGAAGCCAAGUGUGGCCCUAACUGUAAACCGGGUGUCUGGUGUGAGGACGGUGUCGAGUCUGAAGGGACGCCUCAGAACGGCGAUGAGAGGGACAAAGGGUCGGGGACAUCCCACAAGGAGACGUGUCGUGUGGAAUGUCCCGGUGCUGGCCUUCAAAACCAUCCCCUCGAGCACGUGGAUUACGGUUUGAAGUGUUCAUUCUGCGGUCUAACCUGCCAUUUUAAAUCAAACCUCGUGAGGCACAUGCGAACGCACACCGGCGAGAAACCAUACCAGUGUGAUAAUUGUACUCAACGAUUUGCGCAAAAGAGUCAUCUUGUUCGCCACAUGCGAAAGCACACCGGUGAGAAACCAUACAUGUGUGAUAUCUGUAAGGAGCUCUUUGGCCAAAAGACUGAUCUUGUUCGUCACAUGCGAAGGCACACCGGUGAGAAACCUUACCAGUGUGAGAUCUGUAAGGAGCGAUUUGCCAGAAAGAGUUCCCUGGUUCUGCACAUGCGAACACACAUUGGUGAUAAAUCAUUUAAGUGUGACAUCUGCAAAAAAUGUUUUACAAGAAAACAUCAUCUAAAAAACCACAUCAGGUCUCACAUCGUGUGA